AUGAUUAAUUAGUAUUGGUGUUAGAGAGCGCGGGUAACAGUGGUGUGGUGCGGGAUCACAACAACAACAACAACAGCUGGUGGUGGUGUGAGGCAGCAGGAGUGUUGUGGUGGUACAGUAGUGGCAGGUGUGAGGUAUGACGAGUUUGCGCUACAAGUCUGUCUGGGCUUGGGAGAGGUCAUGGUUAGCUGGCCAGCGAGCCUUUCAUCACCGACUCUCAACAUCAUGUGUCCUCUGUAGAGCUCACUCCGAGACAAAGAGUAGUGGAGUAUUCUCUCCAUUAAAUCCUGAUGGUGACAGAGACCAUUAUUCACAGUCAAAAGUAUCGUAUAUAAGAACAGCUCUGGGUUUAGGGGCUGGAUUAUUCAUUGGUGCUACAAUUAAGGGUGUGUAUGAAAAAGCAAAAAUUUAUGAACUAAAACAAGGAGUCCCAUCUGUGUGUGCAGCAAGUCCGUUUUCUUUCAUUGCGGCACCAGAAACCGAGGACAGUGUUAAUCAACCGCCACCGUCUGUUAGCAAGAGACAAAUUUACAACUUCAUAGCAGAUGCUGUUGAAAAAGUGUCAGACAAAGUUGUUUACAUUGAUAUUAAAGACAAUAGAAGGAGAUAUACUGGCACACGAAUUCAAACAAUAUCCAAUGGAUCUGGAUUUAUUGUGUCAGAAGAUGGGCUUAUUCUUACGAAUGCACAUGUUGUCUCCAACAGGCCAAGAUCGAGCAUUGUUGUGGUACGGCUGCAGAAUGGCUCUGAAUAUGAGGGCGUUGUGGAAAAUAUUGAUGCUCUCUCAGAUUUAGCUUUGAUUAGAAUCAAGUGUAACAAUCUCACUCCAAUAACAAUGGGAACAUCAAGUAAUGUGAGACCAGGGGAAUUUGUUGCAGCUUUAGGAUCUCCAUUGUCUCUGUCCAACACUAUUACUGCCGGAGUGGUUUCUUCUGUUGGUCGUGGCAGUAAAGAGCUUGGUUUGAGAGGAAAAGAUAUACAGUAUAUACAAACAGAUGCUGCUAUUACGUUUGGUAACUCAGGUGGCCCACUUAUCAACAUGGAUGGUGAAGUCAUUGGCAUUAACUCCAUGACAGUCACAGCUGGUAUUUCUUUUGCCAUCCCCAUUGAUUAUGCUAAAGACUUCAUUAUCAAGUCUGAAAAGAAAAAAUCUGAGUUUGAAUCAAGCUAUCCAGAUCGGCGUCGGUACCUUGGUGUGACAAUGUUAACCCUUACACAGUCAAUCUUGUUGGAGCUUCAAGCCCGAGGCAGUGCUCCCCAGAAUGUUCCUCCUGAUGUCACCCAUGGAAUAUUUAUCUGGAGAAUUGUUGUUGGCUCUCCAGCUUACCAAGCGGGCUUGCAGCCAGGAGACAUCAUAACCAACAUCAAUAACCAUGAAAUUCAUUCUUCUCGUGACGUAUACAAGUUCCUAGAGGGUAAAGGAGACCUCACCAUGGUAGUGAUCCGCAACGGUCAACGUUACAGUGUCACUGUUGUCCCAGAGGAAUAGUGCCAAUAAAUACAACAUUUCAAGUCCAGGUGCUUACUGGUUCACAUCUGAAAUGCAAGAAUCUAUGUUUUUUAUUGCAGGUUGCCAUUGAUCAUCAUGUAAUAAGCAGAAUAUUAACUUUAAUACUGCAGUGAUAAAUUAUUUUGGGUAUGGUUGGAGGAGACUAAAUGUCUGCAGUAUCAGAAGAUGCACACAACAGAGCGCUGGGAAGAGUUAGUAUAAUAACUGAAGAGAAUAUGAAUAUGGCUUAGGAUGUACAGUUUAUAAAAAAGUUAAUAUGAAUAUAAAUUGAAGUUAAAAGUAUAGAGUAAAAUUUACUCAAGAUAUUAUUUAAUGUAUUUUGUAAUGUAAUUUUAAAGGAAAAUGAUGUGGAAUAUAAACAUUUAAAGAGAAUAGAAUAUGGUAAGGUAAAUGGUGAUUGAUAAAGCAAGUUAUGGCUUGUUAGUGGCAGUGUUUUAUUGCCAUACAAUAUCACACCAGAAUUAAACAAUAAAUCACAAAGUUUAAUAAACAAGUUCUUUCAUAUUUUGUACAGGAAUCCUGAUUAUAUAUUAUCCUCUAAUGAUCCAUUAAGUUUGUAUAAUCCUUGUUUCUGCACUUGAAAUUAUCAGAUUGCUGUUCAUUCUUUGUACAGUAUUGCAACCCAGCUUAUUCUUAUUAGAAUUAUGCAAAACCAUGAGCACUGUAUUCCCAUACAGUGAUAAUUUUCUUAAGCUUGCAUAGUCAUAAAAGUAAAAGGAUUAUUCAGAACUGGUGUACUGCUGAAGUAUUGACUGCAUGCAUUAUUCAGAACUGGUGUACUGCUGAAGUAUUGACUGCAUGCAUUAUUCAGAACUGGUGUACUGCUGAAGUAUUGACUGCAUGCAUUAUUCAGAACUGGUGUACUGCUGAAGUAUUGACUGCAUGCAUGCACAUGAAGCUAAGUUAGUUGAAGGCCAUCACUCCAGAAUAUAUUCCCAGAAAAUUGUUUCCCCAGCACGAGUCAUGAGCCGAGUCUCUUAGUAACAUUCUCAAAUUAGUUUCUCUCAACCAGUCAUUUGUCAAUAUUUUCUCUGGUCUGCCUUUUCACAGCCAGCAUUAAUUUUGUAGUAUAACAUGAUCUCAAAAUUAAUACAGUAUUGGGGCAUUUUGUAAAUGCUACUAACUCUUCCUUAGUCUAUCAAUAUAAGAGUAUUGAACCCACAUUUUCUUGAAACAAAUGUGGUAAUUGUUAAUUACAAUUACUGUUGACCUAUUUCUCUUAAUAUACAGUAUUAAUACUUUAGAAGAUGAGCAAGGGUUAAAUAUUUUACUUGUGAUAUUAAUCAAAUUACAAAUGUUAAACAACACCUGUUGCAGCAAGUGUUGCAGAAAUUGAUCAUUUCACUUGAUGUACUAACCAUCAAAUUGUAAAAUGUAUAAUUAUCAUGUUGUGAACUUCAAAAUGUGUCUUAUAAUAUAUAUAUAUAUAUAAGUCACGUACCAAUAAGUUCUCAAUGAGGAAGAUGUACUGUACUAUAUUGAAUGUCAGGGAUAAAUCUGUAUAAUAAUAAUAUUGCUCAAAGAAA